GCAUGCGCACUUUACUUACUCACGGAUUAUAAGAGAAUGUUGUCCUCUAACGUUAUACAAAUUUGUAUUAAUCUUUUUACGAUUCUGUAUUGCGUGGCUGGUGAAAUUUUAUUGAACAAAAAUGAAAAACGCGCCAGCUUUAGAAACAAUUAUCAAAUGUGUUUCGAGAGUUUCAAUGUCCUCGAAAAUAAAAUUAUUCGAACUCAGGAAUCUCAGGACAUGGGUGCUAAGUACUUGAAAGAAAUGGAUGUUAAUUCCAGAAGCGAAUGCUUACGAUUUUGUUGCGAUACAAAAAACUGUGACGUGUUUAUUUUCGAAGAAAAGAAACCUGGAAGUUGUUACCUUUUCCAAUGUGGGCCAUCGCAUGAUUUCAAAUGUAAAUUUACCAAUCAUGCUAAUUACAGUAGUGCAAUACACACCAAUUACAACAGUCAAGGUAAUGCACAACUUGAACAAGAGAUUCGAAUUUCUCAACAAGAACACGAAUUGAAAUCCCUCAGAAAAUUAGGGAACAUAGCACCAGCAGAAUAUUCAUUCACAGAACCCCCUAUCAAAUUAAUUGCAACUUUAGCACCAAAGCUAUCGUUAACAACAACUCCACCUAUUAAGCAAGGUUGCAGGCCUAAUCAAUACAAAUGCCGAUCUUCUGGAGAAUGUAUAGCAGUAUAUAAUGUAUGCGAUGGCAUUCCACAAUGUGCAGAUGAAUCUGAUGAAGCAGCAGACGAAUGUCCUACAGAGAAACCAACGAUUUCUCCUAUAAUUCAAGGACCCCAACCACCUCCACCACCUUUACCUAUUGACAACAUAAAAUAUCAACAAAUGGUUGAUCAACAAAAAUUUCCUGUUCCUCAAUAUGCCCAUCCAGAAGUUAAUUCUUGGAUGUUACCUAAUUCAGACCAACAAAUGAUUCCAAGACCCAUUUCAUACCCAGCGCAGCAAAUGGAAAUACUUCCAAUACAUAAAGGUUACGGUGCCCCAGGAUACCAAUGGAAUCUUCAACCUAUCUACGAUCAAAACAAGGACAUAUAUAAUCCUAUUAAUUCUUUUCAUGAACAGAGCAACUUGAAUCGUUAUGAACAUCAACCACAUAGUUUUAAUCAUAAGGGGUCAAGUGUUAUAGGAGAAAAAGAGACAGAUGGGGGUGCGUAUUUAGAUGAAAGACAUCCAUACAUCUCACAUUUUGGAUCAUCAAAUAGAGGACCAUGGCAAAAUACACAAAUUUUUCCAUCUCCGUCCCCAAUACCGAACUUGCCGCCAAAGCAAAUUGAUGAAAUAGAAAAUAACGUCGCGAGUACAGUAGCACCUCCUUGCGAUAUAUCGAAUGAGCAAAGAUACAUAUCAAAGAGCAAGGAAGUGAAAAAGACUACUCAGCAAGGAGAGAAGCAUGUUGCCCAUGAAAAAGAAAUUGAUCAAAAUAGCUCUAAAGAAAAUACAUUAAAAAUGGAAACACCAAAAUUAAAUCAUGCAAACGGAAAGGAGCCAAAAGAACAUAAAAGUGUAAUAGUUAUCAAAGACCACAGCAGAGAGCAUGGUAGGAAUACUAUAAUAGCGGAUCAUUUGAAGCAACCCAACGAAAUCGAGGUUUUAAAACCCAGAGGAGCUGUUAUAUCAUUAGCUUUAGGACUUACGAUAACAGCAAUUACAGCUACAUUGAUAGCUUGCCGUUUAAGAGUUGUUCGAAGACGCGGAAGACGACAUGGACCAUACGCCCAUGACGCGGAUUAUUUAGUAAACGGAAUGUAUCUUUAAGUAAGUACGAAUUUCUUUAAUCCAGAAGAGUUUGGUCAUAUUUUCAUACAACUUGAAAUAAUAAAGAAUGUUAUAUUUUAAUCAUCUUAUUUCAACAUUAAACGAAAAAUGUAUGUUUAAAACGUAUCGAUAAAUUUUAUGUAAGCAUAUAAUUGUAUUAAACUUAUUUAUGGUUUAAGACAAGUAAGAGUUACCAAUUUGUAACAAAACUAUAUUUAUAUAUCAUUUUUACAACCAUAUAAUACAUAUAGGUCUGUGUAAUUAUUGAUAAUAGAAUAAUUUUCAAGAUUGUAAUAACUAACUAUACUAUAAAAUUGUUGUUUUUUUACCUGGAUUGUAUCAAAAAUUAGAUACGAAGAAUUUUCUAAUAUGUCCUAAUUUAUAACAGCAUAAUUACAUGAGAAACGAUACUCAGUUUAUGUGAAUAUAUGUUUUUAGAUGAAUACGUAUGAUGUAUAUACACGAAUCUGACUGAUCUAUAUAAUUCAGGAUAAAUAUAGAUAUAAAAUUGUUGUACAGUGGAAUCUGUAUCCAUCGUUCUUGAAAGGAUCUAUCAACCUAAUCGAUGAAUGGGGGAAAAUCAUAGAUACGGGAAUGUACAACGACGGAAAUGGAUGGAAUAAACGAUACAUAAGGGGAAACGAUUAUUCGAGAAACGAUCGAUCAAGAUUUCACUGUAUUAUUACAAUCGUGUUAUGUGCGUAAGCAUUUUUAUGCUGAAUAUAGUAUUGUUUCUAAAGA